AUGGACGACACACAAGGUAGCCGAUUAUCUGACGCUGCAGCAACGAGAAAGCGAAGAUCGUCAAUUCUAAAAAGCCAGCGUCCACCGCGCACGCCUUUCUCAGAACUCGAGUUUAAUGUUGCUACGCCCACUGAUACGGGGAAAAGCCGUCGAGUCAGCUUCUCACGGCGCACUGGUGUUGCUGAAUUUAUAACAAAUGAAGCUACUACUACAUGGAAGAAUUUUUAUGAAGAACAAAAUAAAUCAAUUGAGUCCUCUGGAAAUGAUUCUGCAUUGAAUCCACCUCGACAGAUUAUAGGUCACUUAGGCAAGAGAAUUUUCGAUCAACAAUUCCAAGAAGUUGUAGCUAUUGACUUUGAAGGUAAUAUGCCUUCAAGCAACCCAAGGGUACAAGAAAUGAAUAUGUCCAUGAACGUCAACUUCACACAACAGAUUGCAGCGCUUGAAAGUGAAGAUGAGAGGAAACUCAUUGCACCACAACAAAAUUUUGAACUAAGUUCCUUUACAGACCACAGAAGUAAACUGUUCGGAGAUGAGCAUACAAUUGCGACUUUCGGGGAUAUGUCUAACAACAUCAAUAUAAACUUUUCAGCUAUACAGCCUGUUGGUUCUAAUAAUGACAAAUGUGAUGAUUUAGACGAAAUUCAAAGGGAUCUGGAAAGGUCUCAACCAAAUGUAGUUUGUCAAGGACCCUUUCAGGGUAGAAACAAUUCAGAGUACAUUGAAGUGGAUUUACUUAUGACUCAUAUAGGAUUGAAGAAUGAAGAUUCAAAUAUGUCAAUAACUGACACUAUUCAUAGUCCGAAAGUACAAGAAGUACCAAAGAGUAAUAUAUCUGUUAAAAAUGGUACCAAUUCAAACGUAAAUAAAGACUGGACACUUGAUAAAGAAAACAUUGCGAUAAAUCCUUACGUAGCACCAAAAGAAUCCUCGAACUUUGCAAUAAAUGAGGUACCAGAUCAAGUAUUGAUAUUUGAUGGUCGCAAAUUAACAAUUCAACCUGAAAAUAAUGAUAUCUUCAAUAAAGAUAAUGAAGAACAACAUUUCCGUAAAACACUUUUGCCCAGCAAUUCUUCUGAGCGUCCUACACAAAGAAAAACGAUUAUCCUCAAUGUUAACGAUGACUUACCUAAUUUUAUUGAUGAUGUGUCUUUGCAUGGACAAGUUCAUGGUUUACCUAUCAGUAGAGAUGUUAUUGAACAGAAAAAUAGUAAUAAUAAUCAAGCCAAGAACACAAUUACAAGGACGGUUAUUUAUGACAACGAUGAAAUAGCUAACAUUUCGUUUACUCAAGCAAUACCGACAGACAUUCUUCUGGAAAAACUGAAGAAAAACGAUGAGAAAAGGCAAACAAUUGUCUUCGAAAAUGAUAAUGGAAAUCUAUCUAUGACACAAUUAGUACCUACAAAUUUUGACGUAUGUACUAAAGAAACGACUAAUAAUAAAACCGUGGUUUACGAUGGCGAUAGUAUUUCUUUUACUCAAGCAUUGCCAUCAAAUAUGUUAUUAUCUGAAAAUACAAAACAUUUUCGUCAAAAUUCUACAUUAUCUACUCAAAACAAUUUUGAUAUGUCUUUCACUCAAGCUGUUCCUAAUAAUAUACUGCCAUCAAGUAAAUUCACUCAAACAAAUAAAAGUAAUACUAUUUUAUAUAGAGAUGAUACAGGAGAUAUUUCAAUGACCCGUGUUCUACCAACAAAUAUACUAAUGGUUGAGAAUCAAAACUACAACGAUUCCGCAGAUAUAGCAACGGAAGAUCAAAGUUUUGAAAAGAAAAAAUCAAAAAACACGAUAAUUUAUGAUAAAGAUAGUUGUAAUUUAUCUAUGACUGAAGCUAUACCGAAAAAUAUUAUCAUAUCAAAUAUUAAUACCGCCGAUAAAACAAAAACAACAUAUUAUGAUAAAGAUCCAACAACUAUGAUAGAUCUUGAAAAAGUAAUCAAAAAUAAUUGUGUGAAUCAAUUAGAGGAUAAUCAGUCAUUUAACAAAAGUAAAUUUAAGCAUAAUGAGAAGCAUACAACUAAUAUGUCGAUGACUGAAGUAGUUUCAGAAAAUACUUUGAUAGAUAUAAAAAAAAGGAAAACUUUAAAUAAUACAAGGAAUGUGUGUGACUUUUCUAUAACACAAGCCCUUACGUCAAACAUUGUUAUAUCUGGUCAAGAAAAAGAUUGCAAUCAGGAGAAAUCGGCGGAGAUAAAAAAUACAAUUGUGGAAGACAAUAAUGAUAUUUCUCUUACUCAGACAGUUCCAGAAAAUAUUAUUUUACCGAAUGAUAUGCUGGGUUCAAAUACAAAUGAAGCAAUUCGCGGAACAGAGUCAGGAAAUAUUUUGCAUUUAAAUUCUUUAGGCUUAAAUAUAUCAAACACAGAAAGAACAGAGCCUAAAGAACGUAAAAGUUUUGAAAAUAAUCUAAUCGAAACUACGCAUGAGGUAAUGCCUAAAGAUUCAUUUAUGUCAGAAAGUUAUAAAACUAAUUUACAUAUGUCACUAACUCAAAUAUUACAUCAAAAUGAUGUUUCUCUAAGAACUAACAUAGUUUCCCAUAAAAGAAAAAGCAUAAUUCAUGGUGACGACUUGAAUAACAUAUCAGUAACUCAAGCUAUUCCAAGUAAUAUUGUGCAGCAUGAAAUAGAAUUUAAAUCGAGCAAUGCAACACAAACUGAAAACGGCAGAAACACUAAAGUGCUUAAAAACCAGUUCACAGAGUCUGCUAAUAUGGUGACAGAGUAUACACAACAAAAUCAACAUAAUAUUUCUUCAUGCAAAGCAAGUAUUAACCCUCAUCAUAACAUUGCAGUGUACAAAGAUAAGGCUCAUAAUUUCACGAACCAAGACGAUAUUGUUACCAAUAAUCAGCUUUAUAAUCAUUCUGUUGUUUCAAAAACAAAACAAGAUAUAUUAGAAUUAUCUGAAGUCAUAUCUGAGAAGAAUGAAAUAGAAUUUAAAUCAGGCAAUGCAUCACAAAUUGAAGACGCCAGAAACACUGAAGUGCUUAAAAACGAGUUUACUGAGUCUGCUAAUAUGGUGACAGAGUAUACACAACAAAAUCAACAUAAUAUUUCUUCUAAACUUUAUAAUCAAUCUGUUGUUUCAAAAACAAAACAAGAUAUAUUAGAACUAUCUGAAGUCAUAUCUGAGAAGAAUGGAAUAGAAUUUAAAUCAGGUAAUGCAUCACAAAUUGAAGACGCCAGAAACACUGAAGUGCUUAAAAACGAGUUUACUGAGUCUGCUAAUAUGUUGACAAAGUAUACACAACAAAAUCAACAUAAUAUUUCUUCGUGCAAAGCAAGUAUUAACCCUCAUCCUAACAUUUCAGUGUACAAAGAUAAGGCUCAUAAUUUCACGAACCAAGACGAUAUUGUUACCAAUAAUCAGCUUUAUAAUCAAUCUGUUGUUUCAAAAACAAAACAAGAUAUAUUAGAACUAUCUGAAGUCAUAUCUGAGAAGAAUGAAAUAGAAUUUAAAUCAGGCAAUGCAUCACAAAUUGAAGACGCCAGAAACACUGAAGUGCUUAAAAACGAGUUUACUGAGUCUGCUAAUAUGGUGACAGAGUAUACACAACAAAAUCAACAUAAUAUUUCUUCGUGCAAAGCAAGUAUUAACCCUCAUCCUAACAUUUCAGUGUACAAAGAUAAGGCUCAUAAUUUCACGAACCACGACGAUAUUGUUACCAAUAAUCAGCUUUAUAAUCAAUCUGUUGUUUCAAAAACAAAACAAGAUAUAUUAGAACUCUCUGAAGUCAUAUCUGAGGAGAAUGAAUUAGAAUCAGAUGGUAAUAAUAUAGGUAAUGAUACAAUUAAAAAGAGUUCUGCACCUCUUCUCAAGCGAAAAGAAAUAUCUCAAGAAUCUAGCAAUGCUGUAAAAAGUUUGUCCUAUAUUGAACAAAAAUUCGAAACAAAAAUCAACAGAUCUGCAACGGAACAUAAUCAUCAAGACCUCUUUGUGUACCAAGCUGUCACCACUCACAACGUAUCCAGGCAUCAACAUAUGGAAGUUGAACAGAAUGAUUCAAAAAUGGAUGAAACUUCAGAUGAAGGUAUUGAUAGACGAUCAAGAAUUUCUAACAAUCCCAAUCAAAGUGUUGGAAAUGUGUUAAACAUAACUAAACCAAAAUUUACAGAAUUAGAAAAUAAGGAAAUGUCGUUAGCUAUGUCAGUAAACGCAGUCUCAAAAAAUGACACAUUGCAAAAAACAGAAAAACCAAGAAAUUCAAUACUGAAUGAACUUUUAAAUAUGUCUAAGAAAUCGUUAAAUGAAUCUACUCAUGGAAUUGGUGACAAACAUUUAAUGGUCAAAGAGAAAUCUCAAAUUGAUCAAAUCCCGAAAUAUUGUCAUAAAACUCAAGAAAUAGACCUUGAAUUAUCAGAGUCGAUUGAAUGUGAAGAAAACAAACCAAAGGAUUCUUUAUUGAAAGAAAAUGUUCUUAAACCAAAGAAUCCGAUUUAUGAACCUGAACAGCAGAAUAGUACACAAAUGAAAAGUCAUUCUGAAAAGAUUUUAAGUUCGAAUGCCGAGCAAGAAAACUUUGAGGAAAAUAAAAAUUAUACCAUUGAUGAGAGCAUGAAUGAAAUUCAGAGUAAACAACUGCAAAACUCGUAUAGAAAUAAAACCUUCAAAACCGCAGAUGAUACAAAUGAAUUAUUAGAAAUGCUUUCAGAUUUUACUGACAGAACAAUAGCUAAAGACACCAAAGGAGAUGAAGAUAGACAAUCAUCAGUUAAUGUUAAGAACAAUAUUGCACAAGAAGAUAGAACUGACUCUAAUGAAUUGAAACGCACCAGCCUUGCCAAAAGCAGAAUGUCUAUCAUGCUUAGUCGAGAAGAUUUACUUAACAAUAUAUCAAUGGCACAUGCAGCACUACAACAGGCAAGGAUAGAUAUGGAUGAAAGCGAAUGUAUCGAUGACACCCAAUGUGAAACACCAGAAGAACAAUCUGACGAAAUUAUGGACGAUGCCAACACGGCACGAAAGUUUGUGCGUGUGAGUACGGAAGUAGUGAAAACAUUACAAUUCGAUGAUUCUGUUAAUGAAAUAAAGUCAAAAUCGGAUAUAAACUUAUCGCCAUUAAAAAAGACUCCAUUUAAUGACACUUCAGAUUUAAUUGAGAGCAAAGCAAAAGUGAUUCCAUCUUACUUGUCAGAAGUCUCUGAUGGCAUUAAAUCACUUAUGAAUGACUUAGUUAAACCUAUGGCUGACGGGAUACCAUUCGAGAUGUCUCGUGUAGAUGAGGUGAAUAAAAACGAUUCUUCGACUUGUAGCACACAAAUACAAGCGAACAUUAUCACAUCUAGCCAAAUUGACAUCGAUAUAGAAUCGUACCCAGAUUCGGAAUGUGAUGUAGCUAAAACUCAAGCAGACGAAGGAUUUGAUAACAAUCUUAAAGAUUUUAAUCCUACAGCUGCGGGUUUAUUAGCAGAUUCGCUGAAAAGCGAGCCUUUUAUUGAUGAUAAUAAACAAACAUUCAUUCAUAAUUUACAAAAACAAACAGUGCCAGAACAAGUAUUGGUCUUUGAUCAAACAAAUCCUUUAAAUAAUGUUUUAUUAUUACCUGACGGCAAAACCAAUAUUCAUAAGUAUAGCCCAUCAAAAUCAUUACAGUUAAUUCACGACGUUGAAACAAAUAAAAAUCUCCAAAAUACCACUAUAGGAAAUAAUGUGGAAGAUGAAAUUAAAAGUCGGAGAAUUUCGACGCAUUACAAUAUUAUUACAAGUGAAACUGAUGAUCGCAAACCAGUAUUAACUGGCUCAGGUUUGCAAUCAGAUGAUUUGAGUCAUGAAAAAGUUGAAAAUAACAGUAUAAUUUUAAUGAAUAGUAAGCCAGCCUCUGCAGAUAACUCUACAAAUAAUCUAGAAACACACAUUAAAAACACUGAAGUAAAUACUUUAAUAACCAUGAAGGGAAACAAAGAGCUCUUAGAGGCAAGUUCGGCAUUAACUUUAGUCGAUGAUGACGAGCAAAGCAUUAUAGAAAUAGAAGAAGAUAUAUGCGCAAAUAAUUCAGAUCUUAAAAAUGAACAAAAUUUGCCCGUUAAGAUGAUAUUCAAAAUAAACGAUCAAGACAUUCAAAAUUUCCCUUCCAAUGUAGAUUUAGGUGACGCCGAAAACAAUACUAAAGCUAAGAAACGAAUUUACAGUCCCGCGAAACGUGAUCAGGUCAAAAAAGUAACAUUGUUAAGUCCUGAAGUAACUCCUAAACCUCUAAGUAAAAUGCAAAAACUGUCUAAUAGUCCCGGUCGGCUUAAAGAUGCGUCCGACCGUUCUACCACUGCCAAAAUUAGCAAAGCCGAAAUCGGAAAUGCUUCAAAACAUUCUGAAAAAUCUCUUAAUAUUUCGACUACCAAAAAACAAACGAAAUCCCCACAGAAAUCUAUAAGCAGUUCUAAACCUAAAUUGGAAGCUAAUAUAAUUGUUCAACACUUGACAGUGGAGUGUAAAAUAAACGCAGAAUCAAAGUUAAAAGAAACCGCAGAGAACAUGGCCUCUGAAUCAAAUUUAUCUAGCACAUUAAAGACUGAAACUGUAUCUCAAAAGGAAAUAAAAGAAUGCGUAAGUCCAGAAAUGGCUUGUUCAUUCACAAGCAGUAAAGCUAUGAAAGAAAUUCAGUGUGUGACAAGUGUAACAACUACCGUCUCUGAAGAGGCUAACCAUACAGAAGUUGUCAAAGAGCUUGGCUCUAAGAAGCUGGUAUUGGAGUGCGAAUCCAGAGUAAAUGUGUUGCCCAAUAUCAACAAGCUACCAUUUGUAAGAAGCUGCGAGUGCGAGUGGGAGUAUUCUGACUUGUGCACCUGGCGGUUUAGGCUUAUGCGUCAAAGGUUGCGAUUGACGCUGAAGUUGGAGCAUAUACAGUGGAACACUCACACGUACAUAUGCGCUGAAACUCCAGUACUUAGCGCCACGGUUGAUGUUGCACAGGAGGACGCGGACGCGUUGUCGACGACGUGCGUGCGGCUGGCGUGCGAGGCGAUGCGCUACGAGUGCGGGCGCGGCGCGCUGCGCGCGGGUGACGUGUGUGCGCUGCUGCGACGCUGCGCCGGCGUGGCGCGCCUCGCGCGGCGCUGGGCCGCCGCCAUGCACCACGCGUACCUGCACCUCGCCUACAAGCUUGCGAGCGACGGCACGUUCUCCCUGCACGUGGCGAACAUCCCGUUACGCUGCGUGUGGCAGGUGACGAUGCGUUUAGAGUUGGUGAUUGAAGACGCUCGCCAGGCGGCGUGGCCGCGCGCAGAACACUUGCACGUGCGUGACGUCACGUACGGGGAUGACGUCACGAAGGGCUCUGAAUUUACGCGCGUGCAAGACCUGCAACGCGUGCUUGCGGGUGUGCCCCACGACUGGGGUCACGUGCCUAAGACUAUAUGGAAAGUUUUCAAGUACCUGAAGAAUAAGACGAAAGACGACGAACUGCUUGGAAUUUAG